ACGGCUGUCUUUUAUCCUGUGAGGUCGAAUGGUUCCUGGAGAAAGAAUACAAUCAGUACCCCUUGUUAUUUGGCCUUGGCCUUUGCCGGCAACUCGAUAAUUGCCUUCAUGUUAACACCUUGCUGCCCUUUUUCGAAAUAAAGGUUGGCCUCUUCCCCCAAGCCUUUGACUUCAAAUUGAAUUCACCAAAGAACCACCUCAAGCCGUAUUUAAAAGCUACACCAGACGACAGCUAUACAAUCUACCCCACUUGAAAUUCUCUGUUCUUCAGAUCGCACCUCAUCUUUGACGCCGAUUGCAUUUCGCAAACUGCCGGAUUUCGCUCGCCAUCCCCUCCCCACCCCUUCGACGAUCUGCCUUUGGGUCGAGCCAACUUCACACAAGUCAUGGACAGUUGAUGCUGAGCGGCCAAGGUAAUUCGCUGGUACGGGCACCGCUCUGCCUGGCAGACGGUUUCUGUCUCUCCGUCAUCCCUGAAGCCCUCCUCUACUGAUUUCCGAACUGCGUACGCUGUCAAAUCGGUUACUCCAUCCUUCAGCCGCCUCUCUUGCCGUGCUCGAAUUCCCAACCAGUUCUCGAUUCUCAGAAGGGCCCAGUAUGGCCGAAGAUGGUACGAAUACCUCCAGUGCGCCGCGAUUCCUCGAACCUCCUACCAUCACAGCCCUUAAACAAGAAGCCCGUGAUGCAUCCCCUCCCGGCCCUUCUCCGAUGGUGCGCUCUCUGAGCGAGGAUAUAAAGGAAGAACGACAGGAUUUACAAGAUGCCGCCGAACAAGCCCUUAAUGUUAUACUUGACCUCGCUCUCGAUGGACGAGUAAAUUGGGUCAGCCCUUCUUGGGUUGAAGUCAUCGGAACCCCGAUCGACGAGGUGGAAGGUAAAAACAUCCGUGAUGUCAUCUUCGAUAAUAAGGCCGUCUUUGAAGAUGCGAUUGAGUCGAUGAAGAAGGAUGAUUCAAGGAGUCAGAUAGUUCGAUUCGGUGUCAAAACCGGUUCUGCUUCUGUUUUUCGUCCGGAUCGGGCACGAGAAGCUGGUGAUGACGAUGAGGAGAGCGAGUCGGCAGAAGCUCAACCAAAAGAUGACGGAGAUAACAGCGUCCUCAACCUGGAAGGUCAGGGUAUUAUGGUCUAUGACAAGCCUUCCACAGGAGAUGGCCAUACGAUGUGGAUGUUACGACCAUCAAGUCAGCCGCGUGAAGUUACCAUUGGCCUUCCACAACUGCUUGUUGAAUCACUUGGUGUGGGUGCCGAAGUUUUGGCAAAUUACCUCACUGAACUGGCGGAGGUGGGCAUUAAUGAUCCCGCACAUCACCCCCCACCAAUGCCAGUUCUCUGUCGCAUUUGUGAACGGCAGAUUACACCGUGGUGGUUCGAAAAGCACUCCGACCUGUGUCUGCAAGAACAUCGAUCAGAGAUGGACGUUCAAUUGGCUCAAGAUAAUUUGAACGAACAUCGCCACUCCAUUGUAAAGGUGUUGGAUGCCCUUGAAGCUCGGAAGGCAAGACCUGGACCCGCAGAACUUGCCGGCCCUCAACCUGAAUAUAAAGGUCUACCCAUCGGCCCUAGCCCCUCAUCUUCAGGAUUGGCCUCUGGCUCGUCAUCCUCUUCCGGAACGCCGCCCCGUUCGCGUGAUCCAUCCACUUCCGGCUUGGGUCAUUCUCGAACUCGCUCCUCCUUCGCCGUACGAAGGCCGCUUGCGCGGAUCGUCGAGCUAGUUUUGGAUCUUUGUGAUACUGCUUUGGAGAUCAGCAUCCCUGCUUUGAAAGAGUCUAGAUCCGAAUUCGGCGAUGAAGUCAGGACACAGUCACCACAGUCAGAGUCCCGUAUAUCGCAAGUGAUGCAGUGGCAGUCACCAAGUAGUAAUACCCUAGAACAGGAGCAAGGCUUAGCCGCCUUGUCUACAGACACCGAACAGCUCGCACGAGCUAAAGUAGACGCCGUCUUUCGUCACCGAAGAAUCAUUGAAUACGCAGAGCGAAUCCGUGUUGAGUUCGCCGUUCUUGUGGAGGAGUGUAUCUCUGCAGCCAUGGAUAAAGCAGAACGUAUAGCAGCUGGGGAUUUGGAUGACUCAACUAGUUCCAGCCCGACUGAUUAUGAGAAUGAGACGGAAAAGUCUGAGAGUUUGUCUCAGCCCCAGUCUCAAGAGUCGCUAUCAUUAGCAUUAGCCUCCACGACCGGUGGUGCAUCAGAUGUUGCAGUUGAGCACAAUUCGAGACCUGAGAUAUCUCGAGGUUCAUCAUCUGUGGCUAUUUCAACGCGUUCUAGCAGUCCGAUGGAGUGUCCAACACCUCGCUCCCAUAAAAGUGUCAGUAUAUUGGGACAGUCCCUCCUGGCAAAACGUGGGUCGCUUCUUGCCGAAGGCGAUGUUGCAGAUAGCGAUAGUAGUGUCCUCUCAUCCGUGCUGUCCGGUGAACGUCACACCGAGUCUCCGUCGUCCGAGAGAGGUCUGAGCCGUGGGACAAGCGUCAGGGAGCACAAGCGUCGAAGUCUCGUCCUCCCCGGGUUGUCAAGCUCUCCCCGCAGAGAAUCUCCGGCAAGAAAUGCUCCCUCAUCGCCUCUCAGGUUGAAUAGACCACGACUUUCCACUGGAGAAGUUUUGCCGUCACCAGCUACCUCCCCAGUCCUCACAUCUGUCGACCUUGGUCCUCACAAUUCUUCGUUCUAUGUCCCUCCACAUCGCCACCAUCAUCGGAGACAGUCGUCUACCAAUUCCCCAGAAUUGGGAAAGGCCCCUGUAUCACCCCAUCUCAGUUCUGUCAGUCACCCGCCACCACGUGCUGUGACGCCGUCUAUCAAGGACUUUGAAAUCAUCAAACCUAUUAGCAAAGGUGCCUUUGGAAGUGUCUAUCUAUCUAAAAAGAAAACAACACAGGAGUAUUUCGCCAUCAAGGUCUUGAAGAAGGCUGACAUGGUUGCUAAGAAUCAGGUUACGAACGUGAAAGCUGAGAGGGCUAUCAUGAUGUGGCAAGGAGAAAGCGACUUUGUGGCAAAACUAUACUGGACCUUUGCGAGUAAAGAUUAUCUCUACCUUGUGAUGGAAUACCUCAACGGAGGUGAUUGUGCAACGUUGAUCAAGCAAUUAGAGGGGCUGCCUGAGGAAUGGGCUAUGAGGUAUACCGCUGAGGUCAUCCUUGGAGUCGAACAUUUGCAUAGCCGGGGCAUUGUUCAUCGAGACCUGAAACCGGAUAACCUUCUUAUCGACGCACGCGGCCACUUGAAGCUCACCGAUUUCGGACUCUCGCGUAUGGGGCUCGUCGGGCGCCAAAAGAGAAUCCAGAAAAACCCCAAUGAAUCAGCGCCAGAUUUGCUCAAGCAAGGCCCGUUUACUCGAAAUACGUCUUUGGCAUCAUCGCGAUCAGCGUCUUUUGAUAUUCCUGGGUCACAAUCUCCCAACACGACUCCCUUGAUUAACCCUGAUUUUGGAAGCCCAUGCCAACCCUCUUACUUCAGUCUUAACAAGGAACCGUCCUUCAGUCGGGAGCGUUCAAGAAGGGCAUCUAGGUAUCGAAGUGACAGCGGAAGUAGCGAUACUCUGGCUGCCUCUUUCAAGAGCCUGCAUCUGUUUGAGUCUGGAGAUACCCCGUACGCCUUGUCAAGCCAGACCUCCCAACCUCAACAGACAUUGUCAGUUGAGGAGGAAUCCCAGAGUGAAGCGAGUGAUUCACCACAGCUUUUCCCGGCUCAUCUAUCAAGUAGCUACCAGCCAUCAUUUCCUGUUCUGCAUAAUAAUGCUCAACAGCCACCGAUUCCUCCUGCUAUGGCUUUGUUUAACCCCGAGGAACAGAACCAAGCUUUCGUUGGGACUCCAGACUACCUCGCCCCAGAAACUAUCCAGGGUGUUUGCCAAGACGAGAUGUGUGACUGGUGGUCUUUGGGCUGUAUUCUCUUCGAAUUCAUUUACGGAUACCCCCCUUUUAACGCUUCAACAGCCGACGAAGUGUUUCAAAAUAUUUUGGCGAGGAGGAUCAACUGGCCUGAAGGAUUUGAAGAAUACUCAUCUGAGGAAUCUAGAGAUUUGAUGAACAAGCUCAUGACCCUUAAUCCCGAAGAACGGUUGGGAUCGAAUUCCGCUGAGAAGUUUCCGAGUGGAGGUGCCGAAAUUCGCGACCAUCCUUGGUUUUCGGGGCUUAAUUGGGAUACGCUCUUGGAAGAUGACGGGUCUUUUGUGCCGACUGUUUUGCAUCCAGAAGAUACGGAAUACUUCGAUCCACGAGGAGCUACAAUGCAAGGUUUUACAGAAGAACCUGAUGACCAAGUUUCUCCCCCACCUGGAGGCUCUGGUGUAUACCCCGACCGACCUCACGAUGCACUAUUCAAAGUCAAAUCCCAAGUAAGCUCUUUAAAACGUGGGUUGAUUCCGCUUCACAUUCCGCCGCAUAUCCGCGAUGGCCGAAGUCGAAGACUCUCUGAACCUGUCCUUGCGGAUGAUUUCGGAAAUUUCAAUUUUAAAAAUCUUCCUGUCUUAGAGAAAGCCAAUAAGGACGUGAUCCAAAAAUUACGACAAGAAGCUAUGCAAGCUCAGCAGCGUUCUGUGCCAUCAACAACAACGCCGUCGACAGCAUCUGGGCCUUCCCUGGAAGGAAGCCCAAUGCUCGUCGGCCCGCUGAAGCGCACUAUGUCUCAGAAUAAAGCCAUCAAUAGGCCGGCAUCGCCAUCGAGUCUUAGUCAGGCCAACUCCUCUUCUCCAAGCCGUCCAUCUCAGCCAUCGUCUCCACUUUUGGUGCAAUUUAGCACGGGACAGCAUCAUCACCACGAACGACGAAAGACUUCCGGCUCAUCUUCCACGUUUUCGCAACAGUCCAUUGCGACGUCCCUGCAGCCUGGUCCCUUUGAGCCUCCACGACUUGCUACAAACCUAAAGAUGUCGGCAUCGACUGCAUCCUCUCCUAUAAAGCAUCCGAAACUUCCAUCGCCAGAUAAACAGACCGGAAUCCAUCGUCAAAGUAGUGCCCCCACCUCGCGACAACGGUCCCAGACAAUCGGUUCCCAAGAUAGUGACUUGGCGCCACCCAAGGAGCCAUUUGUUCCUGGACAUCAUAAACGUAGAAGUCAACUUUUCGACGUGUCACCAUCUUCCUCUGACAAUGAAGAUCCUCGAGCAAAAGCACUUCUUAAGGUGCAGCGUCGCAGGCAAAGUUCUCGACGGCUUUCCCAGAUAAAUUUUGCUGACGGACCCUUCUUCCGUCCCCUUGAUGUUCUUAUCUGCGAGGAUCAUCCUGUCUCUAGACUUGUCAUGGAACGACUCUUUGAAAAGCUGCGUUGCAGGACCAUCACUGCGGUGAAUGGAACAGAGGCAAUGCGCUUUGCCUUUAGUGAGGUGCAAUUCGAUAUCAUCAUGACUGAAUUCAAGCUGCCUCAGAUCAAUGGAGCAGACGUAUCUCGCAUGGUCAGAGAUACUCGAAGCGCCAAUACUCACACACCUAUUAUUGCCGUCACUGGCUACUUAAAGGAUCUUCCUGAAACGCAUCAUUUCGAUGCUCUGGUUGAAAAACCUCCUACUCUCGAGAAACUCGUGGACGUUUUGUCCAAGUUCUGUCAAUGGAAACCACCACCGAAUGACGAAGAGUUAGCCCAGCAGCCACCAAUCCCUGCAUCUGCACUUCGUCAUGUCUCGCUUCGUAUCGAAGACAGCCCAAGCUCAGUUUCUUCAGGUUUUGCAGCAAUUCCCACUAGCUCAUACCGAGGUUCCAGCCGGGAGGAGUCACUUAGCAGUAGCUAUUUUGGCGAAAUGGAGCCUCAAAAAUCAGAUGAUAUUCCUGUUAUUAUUAGCCGCCAAGCUACGGGCGAAUGGAGCAGCGGCCAAACUGGCGGACUCGGUAUCAUGGAGGAACCGUCUUCAAUGCUCAAGACCGGCUUGUUGGAAGCUAGAAGCCCGCCGAGUGUGCCAAGUUUGCUUACGGCGACGUCUGCCCCUGCAUCUUUCCAUUUCGCUGGUGUGCCCUCCCUUCGAAAACCUAGGUCUAUCGAAUGUAUUCGGGCCAAACGUGAGUCCAUGGAGAUUAAACGGUAUGAAGGUGCCGAGUCAGGUGACGAUGAAGAUGAGGAGCUAGGUCGCGUACAUGGACGAAGCAACCGUAGCCCACAAGCUACCACUGGGAAGCAGCGACGAUCCGGAUCGAAACUGGGAACCGAAAUGCUCAGAACGAACAGCCGUGGAAGUGUCGUGAGUGCUGGAGAUGAUCUCUCAAAAGAGCGUGAGACUGAUCUCAUGGAAUCCAUUACUUCCGGUAAAGAUACUACUGCCACGACCUCUUUGGAAGCUGCCAUGGAGCAGUUACAUGUUGGAGAAGAAGUUUUGGACGCAUUGCCUGAGGUACCAGAGAAAGAGGGAUCGUGCACCCCACCGGAUGAUGCAGCUGGUCGAGGGAAUCCGGGGGAUACCUCAACACUAUCGGAAGACCAGGCAGAGGCAACAAUUGGUGAACCGAUAAUUCCGACCAAAUUCCCAGAUCUUCAGGCGUCGGCCACGCUACAUGAUACAGAUCAGUCAUCGGCGUCGCAUAUUGGCACGUCAUCGAAGCCUGAAAGCCAUCAAGAAAGCUCCACUCCACCGGGAACUGCGUGCGGACCUACAUCACUAACACCAGAAGCCUAUCGUUCGAACACAAUCGAGGAUAUGGAUACGACUCCUAAAGCCGCCCUUUCUGGAAGACCUUAUCUCGAAGCUCGCGAAGGCGAUGAUGGCGAACCAACUCCGCAAGCGUCCGAUAAACAGAAGACUCAUACGUUUGAUCGUGUAGUGGGAUGGAUUAGGCGAGAUGGCCGUUAAAACUUAACGAAAUGAACGUCUAGCCUAAUCCAUCGUUCACCAAACUGUUUCCCCUCAAAUCUUUUGCAUGUCUUCUCUGUUAAUUUUCUUUAUUUAGCCUUUUUUUUUUUCUUUUUCUCACGGGCAUCUAUCUGGGUUCUGGGAGCGACACAAUAUUUUGCUAGGAUCCGGAUCAUUCUACACUGCUUUAUCUAGUGUUCUAUUAUUCCAUCUCUUUUCUCUUCUUUUUUUCUCCUUUUCUUCUCUUCCCAAUUUCUUCCUCCUUGCUUUCUUUCCCUCUUGUAUAAGUCACAAUUGCUACAUUUCCUUCCUCUCCAUCGAAUCUAUCCCAAUGAGUUCGGCGAGCCAGGGGUUUUACCGCUUUGGGUUAUGUGUACCUUUUUCUUUUGUCUGUCUGCCUAUGCUUCUUUUGUUACCUGCCGUUGUACUGUACACUAACACUGUACUGCAUAUAUGUCACUAAGCUACAGAGUGUGUUUUGUACGGGCUGCACCGGCAACGAAGAGGAGAUUAUAGCUAGUUUUAAUCUGCUUGCAGGAGCAAUGGGGUGCUAAAAAGUCACUACCUGGGGGUGCUGGAGCUGACUGGGCUUGGAGUGACUGAGCCUUUUAUUUUUGCUUUUUUGCUUUCUCUCUUUUCUUUUUGGUCCUUUUCUACCGUGGAUAUGUAAUGACAUAAUGAAAUGAAAUGAUGACGAUACGACCUGAUAAUGCAGAUUUGAUUUUAAGUGUGUUAUAUCGCAUACAUCUAUCCGUUGAAUUUGAUACCUUGAAGUCACGAGUCGUCCUCAGGGGCACUUUACGAAAACCUGACUC